ACAUUUAACAUGGCGGAUUUGAUUAACUUUAUUUCAAAGAGGGAAAUUGACGCGAAAAAAGAAGAAACUAGGAAAGCAAGAGAGCAAAUCCUCAAAAAGGCAAAAGGAGACUAUGAGAGAGAGCAGUGGAAAAAGCAGAAGCGCAUUGAGAGCGGAGAGACUUCGUGGAUGUUACCAUCCUUAAGCAAUAGUUUGACAGUGGAGGACGACAGCCAUAAUGAUAAGGAUAAAUCGAAAAAAAAGAAACACAGGAAAGAGAAGAAGCAAAAAAAGGACAAAAAGGAGAAGAAGCACAAGAAGCAGAAGAAAGAUACUAGUAAAGAAAACAUGUCCUCAGAUUCGGAGUCAGGAGAUGAGUGGGUUGAAAAAGAAACAACUGAUUCAGUUACAUUGUCAAAACCAGGUGAAGUUCAGGUAAUGCAACAGCAGCGUGACAGCUGGAUGCUGUGUCCACCAGUUACAUCAAGCUCCCAAGACCCAGUGCAUCAGGAGGAAGAAGAAGAUAAGGGAAGCAAAGAUGAUGAGGAAACAGAAGCUCUGUCUUGCAUUGAUCGGCCAGGACAGCAUGCUAAAGAAUUGAACCCAUACUGGAGAGAUGGAGGUACAGGCUUACCAUCUGAGAGGAAGAGUUCACAGGACACCCAUCACAAGGAAGGAAAUGCCGGACAUUCGUUUAGCAGCGCUUGGUUGAAGAGAGCUUAUCAAAGGGCCAAAGAUGAAGCUGAGGAAGAGGGCAAGAAAUUGGCUGAUAUUGUCGCAAAAAGAUACGGGUCUGUACAGAAACUGGAAGCUAUGAUCAAGGAGGCCGAGGAUAGAGAAGAAAAGCUUAGAGGAGAGGAAUCAAGGAAGAGGGACAGAGAGAGAUACAGAGGCGAUAGAGAAGGUAGAGACGAUCGACAUCGUGACAGAGACAAAGAAUGGAGACGAAACCGGGACAGAAGUCCUAUGGACAGAUAUUCUCGGGACAAUGGAAAAACUUACAGGUCUACGAGGGAAGAAGAUGAAAAUAAAUGGAGAAGAAGACCGGAACAAGAGGAGACAGGACGCGAGCGACCUAGAGAUGAUACAAACAGAUUUGCACGUCCUGGCGACUUCGCCGGCGACAACAGGUCAUCCUUCGUUGGUAAGUUUAAGCGUCCUGGCUCUUCGACAUCCACACCUCAGAGGUCUUCAACUUGGGACUUCGACUCGAACAAAAACACGAUUAAGGAAAGACACUCCUACGACAGACCAAGCUCCAGUUCCUCGGGCGGAUGGAGAAAGAAGCCAGAUAUUGGAACUGAGAAGGGGUCGCCCCCACUGGAAGUAAAGCGCACCGAGGAUAAGGAAUCAGUUCCGGAAGUGAAACUGGAACCAGAAACAGACAGCAGCUCGAGCUCUGAGGAAGAAGUCGAAGAGAAAAAACCAGUUGUGAUUCCUGCAAAGAAAAUCACAGAAAAAGAUUUGAAUGACAUUGGGGCGAAGAUUGUUAAGGCGGAAAUCAUGGGAAACGAGGAUUUAGCAACUAAGUUGAAGGCCCAGCUGGAAGAAAUGAGAAAAAACAAGAAACUUCAAGAAGCGCAAGUGGAAGGAAGCAGUACAACGGAGGAGCAGAUGGUUUUAUUAACACGAACCGAUGCGACAGGAAAUGUGUGGCCAGUGGAAAUGACAGCUGAGGAAACGAGGGGAGGACGAAAGAAGCGACGAAAGGUAGCCACACAUGGUAAGGAAGGCAAAAGAGAGAGGUACUUCGCAGAUGACGACAAUUAUGAUCUGAAGGAAAUGGUGAGAAGAGAGAAAACGAACUCUGGACGAAAUGAUCCCAUGAUGGCAAAAAUGUUCAAGACCUCUCGACCCGCAGACCAGCGCAAUGAUCAUCAACCCACCGUGUCUCCCAUUAAUGAUGAAAAUGAAUUCGAUGUGUUUUGCUGUUUAUCAUUUCAUCCAGAACAUAGACAGUUGGCUGCUCAACUUGCACGAUGUCGCUUCUGUUUUGAGAACCCUGACAUCGCCAAACAUCUCAUUAUUGCCAUAGGACUCAAGGUUUACCUGGCGCUUCCUCUGCACGAGUCUCUCACAGAAGGUCAUUGUCUCAUCAUUCCAAUGCAGCACUGCUCUGCAGCUACCAUGCUGGACGAAGACGUUUGGAGUGAAAUUCAGAUUUACAAAAAAGGCCUCACGAGAAUGUUUGAAGAAAAGGAGGAGGACGUGGUUUUUAUAGAAACCCACAAACAGUUGCGGAAACAGCAUCACAUGAUUAUCGAAUGCAUUCCUCUCCCCAAAGAAGUUGGAGAUAUGUCUCCCGUUUAUUUUAAGAAAGCCAUUUUGGAAUCGGACACAGAAUGGGCACAAAACGUGAAAUUGGUGGACACAAGGAAGAAAGGACUGCGUGUAUCAAUUCCUAAGGGUCUUCCAUAUUUCAGCGUCGAGUUCGGACUGGAUGGGGGAUUUGCACAUGUCAUCGAGGACGAAGCGCUGUUUCCUUUAUAUUUCGGCAAAGAAAUUAUCGGGGGUAUGCUCGACCUUGAGCCGCAGAGAUGGAGAAAUCCGCGGCGUGAGAACUUUGAGCAUCACAAGAGAAAGGUGCUGCAAUUUGCAGACUGGUGGAAACCUUACGACUGGACACGAAAGAUAGAAAGAGAUUGAAAGAUGUCGUCUAAAAUUAUAUACACGGGAUCAAGUGUGCUUUCCAGAGAGACUCAGUCUCUAGUCUCAGAUAAGAGACACGAGAAGCCUCGGUGGAAGGAGUCAAGUUAUAUUCAGUCGAGUGUCUUUAGCCCAAACGCAAAGUAAACACAACAGCCAGUAAGAUAGGAAAGAGUCUGAAGGAGCCGAUGAGAACUCAUAAUGAAAACAAGUGAGUUGCCUAAAGCGUGAGAAAACGCGAGUGGAUAAUUUCUCUUGGUUGUAGAUUUGAUCUGAUCGGUGAAGAGGGUGGCAUGAUUCACUCAGCUGGGUGAAGCAAGACCACUUAAACACACAAGUCGCUCUUCAAAUGCGCCUAGUUAUCAGUGCACAGUGCAUAACGAGACAUGAAAGCCUUGGGAAAUGUGACCCUCGGACAAUUGGUUUAGAAUUAAACCAGGACAGAAGGAUUCAAUUUAUUUAUUGCUCGGUACAUCGAGUCUAUCGAAAAAAAA